CGCAACUCCCGGCAAGCGGUGUGCGCGCCUGCGCAGUUUAGGCGCCCGGGCCGCAGCAUGGCUACGCUGCGCUGGGGCCGGAGUGCGGCGGAGCUCAGCAGGGCGCUGCGGUCCUCGGGCCACCCCUGCACCACGGCCAAAGAAGGGAUCCUCGUUGGCCUCUGGGGUUCCAGAAGGAACUCGUCUGCCAGCCCCUGUGAGCAAGAACGCCGGAAGGACUGGGGCCAUGUGGAACUGCUGGAGGUGCUGGAGGCCCGGGUGCGGCAGCUGCAGGCUGAGAGCGUGUCUGAAGUGACGGUGAAGAGGGUGGAGGUCACUCGAAUCCCUGCCGACAGUGGCAGGGCUGGUGGCACUCCGCCACCUGCGAAGGCCGAGCUAAGGAUCGGUGGGAGCUGGGCAAGGAAGCUGGACCAGGACCAGCAGAUGCUGCAGAAGAGGCAAAAGUUAGUACGGGAGAAGCUGCAGGCAAAGGGUCGGUUUCUGGCCCCCGAGUUCAAGCUCAAGGCCAAGGCCAAGGCCAAAUCCCCCACCAAGCCCUCAGCCAUGUCCAUGGCUGCACCGAAGGCCAGGUCUGCAGCCACGGCCAAACUGCCACUCUCUGAGUCCCAGCUGGUGAGCAAGCAGCCUGCCAACAGGAAUGACAGAACGGAGGAACCAGCAGAGGAGCCUGUGGACUGGGGUCCCGCCCAGCCGUGUGAGGCUCCCCUGAAUCUGAACCGCAGCGAGAUGCAGCACUCACUGAAACUGAGCCUGGAGCAGCAGACAAGGCAGCGGAGGCUUGAGGCCUUCCUCGACUGCUGCCUGGCCACUGAGCAUAUGGCUCUCGCCUCCCGUGUGUUGACCAAGCAGUACUCCUCACCGACCAAGCAGGGGUUGAUCACUCAAGCCAUGUGCAACACUGUCAUGCUUGGUUGGGCUCGCAAGGGCUCCUACAGGGAACUGCUGUCUGUGCUGAGCAUCAUGAAAGCUGGUGGCUUCACCCCAGACCUGCUUUCCUACGCCUCCAUCCUGCAGUGCCUAGGGCGGGUGGAUCGGGAUGUCGUCGUCAUCCAAAGGUGUCUGGAGCAGAUGGCCCAGGAUGGUCUGCAGCUGGAGCAGCUGUUCUUGGAGGUGACCCUGUCCAGUGAGGAGAAGGCCGCGAUGUUGCGGGCCGUGCUCAAGGCCAAGCCUGACUUCUGCCCACCACAGCCCUCACCACAGGUCAACACCUCGACACUGCUCCGUGAGGUCUACGCCAAGGAUGGCCCUGUGUCCUACCCGAGGCUGCACCUCCCCCUGGAGACACUGAAGGCCAUGUUCCGGCAGCAGCUGAGUUUGGAGCUGGCCAGCGUCGUGCAUGUUGAGUCUGUGGAAAAGGUCUUAUCACCGACCCAGAAGACCCUUGAGGCGCCCAUGCCCCAUCUCCUGCAGCGGAAGACCCUGGACACCCUGCGCAGGACUUGGGAGGCUGAGCUGCACCGCCAGCUGCAGGAGGCCAAGGCCAGACUGGCCCAGCUCACAGAACAGGGGCGGCCGACGCUCUACCCCUUCCUGUGUGUGCUCCCCGAGGAUGAGCUAGUGCAGAUGCUCCUACAGUUCCUGAACAUACUGCCUGCCCAGGGCGAGCCAUUCGUGUACCUGGUGCAGCGGCUGGCCAUGAAGACCUUCGAGCGGCACAUCUUGCAGCAGAGGCGGUGCCGAGGCCAGCUGCAGGAGCUGGAGCAGCGGUACACGCAGUACCUGCAGCUGCUCGCCUCUGACACCCAGAUGGCUGAGCCUUGCCUGCCACGGCAGCACUGGGAGAUGCUGGGGCCACCCGAGCCUGCGCCACCGCAGCUCUGGCCCAUGAUGGAUAUCCUGUCCCUGGGCAAGCUGCUCCUGGAGAUCCUGGUACAGUCAGUACAGCUGCCGCCCAGCCUGUCCCUGUCUCAGAACUCCUCCCAGCCGGUCCCCAUGCUGUACCACGUGUACACCUUCCGCGGUAUACGCCAGAUUGGUUUCCUGAGGCCACACCCGGCCUUCAUUCAGCUGCUGGAGGAUGCCGCAGAGCCCUCACUGAUCUUCGAGGCGACUGACAUGCCCAUGCUGUGCCCCCCAGUGCCCUGGUCCUCCUCACAGUCUGGAGGCUUCCUGCUGAGCCCCACCAAGCUAAUGCGCUCUGUGGAUGGCUCCCUGCAGCACCAGAACCUGCUGGAGAGCUGCCCGCCCACAGAGCUGCAUGGUGCCCUGGAUGCCCUCACGCAGCUGGGCAACUGCGCCUGGCGCGUCAAUGGGCGCGUGCUGGACCUGGUGCUGGACAUCUUCCGUGACAAGGGCUCUGCCCACCUGGGCGUCCCGCCCCCUGCCUCUGAGGCACCGCGCCCGCCAUUGGACAACUUGCCGCCCGAUGCCUCACCGCAUCGCAAAGCUGAGUUGCGGGCGGAGGUGACCCGCUGCCUGAAGAUUGCCCGAGAGAUGCAUAGCCUUUGGAGAGAGGCCUUGUAUCGCCUGUCGCUGGCCCAGCACCUGCGGCACCAGGUCUUCUGGCUGCCGCACAACAUGGACUUCCGUGGCCGCACUUACCCCUGCCCACCCCACUUCAAUCACCUGGGCAGCGACCUGGCUCGCGCCCUGCUGGAGUUCGCCCAGGGCCGCCCACUUGGCCCCCAUGGCCUUGACUGGCUCAAGAUCCACCUGAUCAACCUCACUGGGUUCAAGAAGAGUGAGCCACUUCGCGCCCGCCUGGCCUUUGCCAACACCAUGAUGGAUGACAUCCUGGACUCAGCUGACCAGCCCAUGACGGGCCGGAAGUGGUGGAUGGAUGCUGAGGACCCCUGGCAGACACUGGCCUGUUGCAUGGAGGUGGCCCGGGCUGUGCGGUCCCCAGACCCUGCUGCCUUUGUCUCCCACCUGCCCAUUCACCAGGACGGCUCCUGCAAUGGCCUGCAGCAUUACGCCGCCUUGGGCCGAGACAGUGUGGGCGCCUCCUCUGUCAACUUGGCAACCUCAGAUACGCCACAGGAUGUGUACAGCGGGGUGGCUGCACAGGUGGAGGUGUUCCGCACUCGGGACGCGAAGCAGGGCCUCAAGGUGGCCCAGGUGCUGGAGGGCUUUAUCAGCCGCAAGGUGGUGAAGCAGACAGUCAUGACCGUGGUCUACGGGGUCACCCUGUACGGCGGGCGCCUGCAGAUUGAGAAGCGCCUCCGUGAGCUCGAGAACUUCCCACAGGUCUUCGUGUGGGAAGCCUCCCGUUACUUGGUGCACCUGGUCUUCAGGAGCCUCCGGGAGAUGUUCUCAAGCACCCGGACCAUCCAGCACUGGCUGACUGAGAGCGCCCGCCUGAUCUCCCAGGCCGGCUCGGCCGUGGAGUGGGUCACGCCCCUCGGCAUCCCCAUUAUCCAGCCCUACCACAAGGAGUCCAAGCUGGUGAUCAGAGGUGGCCUCCAGAGCAUCACCUGGAACACUUCUGCGGAUGUCAACCAGAAGCCCAAGGUGGUGAAGCAGAAGAACGGCUUCCCGCCCAAUUUCAUUCACUCACUGGACUCCUGCCACAUGAUGCUCACAGCCCUGCACUGCUACAGGAAGGGCUUGACGUUCGUCUCUGUCCACGACUGCUUCUGGACACACGCGUGUGACGUCUCGGUCAUGAAUCAGGUGUGCCGUGAGCAGUUCAUCAGGCUGCACAGCCAGCCCAUUCUGGAGGACCUGUCCGCCUUCCUGGUGAGGCGAUUCUGCUCGGCAGACAGUGCCCAGCCGGGGACAAAAGGAAGGCUGAACUCCAAGCUGCUGGAGAUGCUGCUGGCAGUGCCGCGGAAAGGGGACUUUGACCUGGAGAAGGUAAAGACCUCCACCUACUUCUUCAGCUGACGCAGGCCCUGCCUGCUGUCCCCGGGAGCCCUAUGCACAGUGUAAAUAAAGUCUGUCGCCACCCACGGAGCCGCUCUGUGCUGGGGAUG